CGGCUAUGAGGAAGGAUUUGAUUCCUGAGCGGAGGUGAGCUCUAACCAUGCACACUGGUUUUAUACUCUAGUUAAUAUGAAAUAUUGCCCUCCGCGCCAAGAUGGAAGACACUAUUCUGCAAGAAGGAACGAAACUGAUUGAUCAGCUGACGGAAACAGUUGGACCAAGUGCGCGCGAGAUGGAAGAAGACGCUCUUCUGCAAGAGCGAACGAAACUGAUAGCUCAGCUAAAGGAAACAGUUGGAACCAGUGGAACUGGGAACGGAAGUCCACCCCUUAAUAUUGUCUUCAUCGGGAUUCCUGGAUGUGGAAAAUCCUCCUUCAUAAAUUCUUUCGCAGCCUCCGUUGCAGAUAAAUGCUGGCAAGAAUACGCCUACAGUGGAAGGAAAUCUGGAGCGACUCACCAAAAUACUGUCAGAUUUCAAAGUGUUGAAGCUUCCAACUAUGGAACGUCUCCUAGUCUAAGCGACUAUUCCCUGCCAACUCUGAUUGACCUGACGGGGUUUGAAAGCCAAGACGAAGAAAUCACAAAGGAGGUUCUCCGACUGAUAUUUUACGGUAAAUUAAGGAACGCAAGUAACGUAAAGUCAGUUUACAGAUUUGGAAAGACCUUCGGUGUCUGGGCACUGCGUUUGUGGUAUGGCGUUUUAUACCCAGAAAACCAUUUCAAGGUUGAUCGUGUUGUUAUAGUGACCUCGGCGAACGAGGAGGUGCCGGAUGGACUUGUCAAUAGUGUUAUGGAGGUAGUCCGGCCCACGGACGACGUCUACAAUAGAGAAAUUCCUGUCUUUGGAGUGAUGACAGGGAUCGACGUUGUCGACGAAUCUCGUACAGAAGUGUUUGAGGAGAGAACAAUUAACUUCAUGAACUCGUUGGCUCUGGUUGGCGCUGGCCAUAGAUUUCUGCAGUGUGUGAAUUACUGCGAUGAAAUUGACCCAACCAAGAAGCGAAUAAGCCAAACUUUACCGCAUAUUGACGUCCCUAUCCUAAACUUCAUGAACGUGGUAUGUGGAAGGCAGUAUGGCGUCGUCAACUCGGAGGAAAGCUAUCGUGAUGUCUUGAAAUCACGACUGAGACACCAGAUACGGUGUUGGGUUGUGAAUCUUUGCAAACGUGCCACGACAUCAUUCACUAAUUCUACAAGAGGUCCAGUGGUUCCAGCCAACCCUCUAGGUGUUGACAUGUCCACCAUUCUACUCGGUGCUUUUGUAUGCCUUUUGUUUUAUGUAUUAUUUUCUAUUGUUUUUCUGUAGUUGGUGAAAUAUUUUCCAUCGAAAACGUUUGCAACUGUUACUGCGAUAUCAGAGGCAAUAUGUGGCAACUUAACUGCAAAGUGAGUCAUCGGUUUUUAAAAUUAUCUUUGCAAACUUACAAUAUUAAAGCAUUUAUAGCAGUGAUCUUGAUUCACUAAGAUUAUUUUAACUGAAUCAUCUAUUAAAUGUAUCAAACAGAUUUAAGAUUUUUGUUAAACUUACCAUCGACUAUGAAAUUUCAAAUGAUUCCGACCAUUAGUAGGCCUAAUAGGUCGUACAUUUGUAGUUAUUGGUAUUUCUGUUAGAAUAUGUAGUAAUGUGUUUCACAGCUUAAGCACAUAGCUCAGGCGCGGGUUUAGGAUACAGGGGUUGCGGAUGGGAGGGUAAACGUGGAUGUUUUUGUAUGGGAUCUGGCAACGAAACCUUGCUUUAUACAGCCUCGAUUAGGAAUCAAGAGGACAUGGUUUUGUAAAAAAAAUGUGAAUGAGUCAAUUAAUAAACAUAUAUGUAUAUAUCACCUGAUCACAAAAUAUUGAAUUAGGUCGAUAAGUGUGGGAUUUCCUCAAUAUCAGAUGUAACUUUGAUAAAUCCUAGACUAAUAUUGUGUAUAACACUUGUUAUUGUUUAUCGCUGCUACAAUUGUGUUAUAUGUGCUAUUAUUAAGUAAUUUGCAGAAUGAUUUAUCUGAAGGAGUUCCAUUUCCUCUGCCAAGCUUUUCAUAAGUCCACGUAUUUGUUCGACAUGCUAAUCAUCUUGUUUUAGCAUGCUACCCAAACAUAUCAGAAAUAUCCUCCGCCAUUGUAAUAUUGUAAUUCUACUUGAACAUGAAAGCUUGUUGAAUUAUUACAGGGAGCAAACAUUUACUAAAAGAUAUAUUCCAUUUUAGAGAACACGCCAAACAUCCGGAAGAAUGUUUGGGGAGGACUUGGAUAGGCUUACCUGUUGUCCAAUCCAUUUGUUUUCUAAACAGUACAUGGUGUUGAAAUGAAACAUUCGGAAACCAUCUAAAAUCGUUUCUAACUGUUCGUUUGGUAUUGGGCUCGGUUGACAAAUAACUUUCUCUAACAGCACUAAGGAGAAAACGUUGAGUAAUGAUAGUCACUUUUUUCCUGACGAAUAGUUAUACCCGUACGAGUUAAGAACAAAUCCAUGAAACUUUCUUUCUCUGUUAAUACUGGUUCGCAUAGCAAGAUCUGUUUAACCACCUAAAUAAAUCGAUGAAAAGAUUUAUAUAUCAGCGUUUUAUCGUUUUUAUUGAAAAAGAACCAAACCCUAUUCAAAUUGUUCGCAAUUAGCUGCAUUAAUUUAUUUCAGUUCGUGACGAAGCAUUACAUUUACACUUAAAGUAUAAAAUUGACCCCUUUUUC